AGGAGGAUGCUGCUUGCUAGAGCCUGUCUAUUUAGACCUGCCGUGGGAGGAGUUGAGUGUCGCCGCUUCUCUCUAUUCUCAUUUUUCUCUCUCUCUACCUCCAUGCGCACUUCCAGAGCUGUGACAGUGGGUGUUACUCGUCUGCCCUUGGGCUUGAAAGUCACCCAAGACCCGUUUCUUCUUCAUUGCUAGCAUCAUUCGAUUUCCUCUUAUUGCUACUGAUACUGAGGGACCGUUGCUAUGGCGCACGCUGCAGCAAGCAUCAAAAAGGCCCGAGUGGAGAUGGAGCAGGCUCCCGACCUGAAAGCAUUGGAGAAAGCCCGUGAGAAAAGAAGGCGCUCGCGUGAAAGAGCCGAGCGCAGGCGUAAGUCGGACAGCAACACCAGUUUCCUUCGAGCAGCAAGAGCAGGCAAUAUUGACAAGGUUCUGGAAUAUUUAAAGGGUGGCGUAGACAUCGGCACUAGUAAUCAGAAUGGCCUGAACGCUUUACACUUGGCAGCAAAGGAAGGACAUGUGGAUCUGGUCCAGGAGCUGCUGGAGAGAGGGUCUUCAGUAGAUUCUGCUACCAAGAAAGGAAACACCGCUCUUCACAUUGCAUCACUAGCAGGACAAGGAGAUGUUGUAAAAAUCCUGAAUAAGAGAGGAGCAAACAUUAAUGCACAAUCUCAGAAUGGAUUCACUCCCCUGUACAUGGCUUCUCAAGAAAACCAUUUAGAUGUGGUGCGCUACCUUUUGGAGAAUGGUGGAAACCAGAGUAUCGCAACAGAGGAUGGCUUCACACCUCUAGCUAUAGCACUUCAACAAGGCCAUAAUCAGGUGGUGUCCAUCCUUCUAGAGAAUGACACAAAGGGCAAAGUACGCCUGCCUGCCUUGCACAUCGCAGCCCGCAAAGACGACACCAAAUCUGCUGCCCUGCUGCUCCAAAACGACCACAAUGCCGAUGUUCAGUCAAAGAGUGGAUUCACACCUCUGCAUAUUGCUGCUCACUACGGAAAUGUAAAUGUGGCAACACUUUUACUCAAUCGAGGGGCUGCUGUGGACUUCACUGCAAGGAAUGGGAUCACACCACUACAUGUUGCAUCUAAGAGGGGAAACACUAAUAUGGUUCAUCUUCUGUUGGACAGAGGGGCUCAGAUUGAUGCCAAAACGAGGGAUGGCCUCACUCCUUUGCACUGUGCAGCCAGAAGUGGACAUGACACAGCAGUGGAGCUCUUGUUGGAGAGAGGAGCCCCGAUGCUGGCCAGAACCAAGAAUGGUUUAUCACCGCUCCACAUGGCAGCGCAGGGUGACCAUGUGGAGUGUGUCAAGCACCUGCUGCAGCACAAGGCGCCCGUUGAUGAUGUCACACUGGACUACCUGACCGCCCUCCACGUCGCCGCCCACUGUGGUCACUACAGAGUAACCAAACUUCUACUGGACAAGAGAGCCAAUCCCAACGCUAGAGCACUGAACGGUUUCACUCCACUGCACAUCGCCUGUAAGAAAAACAGAGUGAAGGUGAUGGAGCUGCUGAUCAAGUAUGGAGCCUUCAUUCAAGCUAUCACUGAGUCUGGUCUCACACCAAUCCACGUGGCAGCCUUCAUGGGUCACCUCAACAUUGUUCUUCUACUGCUGCAGAAUGGAGCUUCUCCCGAUGUCAGCAACAUACGUGGCGAGACUGCUUUGCAUAUGGCUGCCCGCGCUGGACAAAUGGAGGUUGUUCGCUGUCUUCUAAGGAAUGGAGCCAUGGUGGAUGCAAGAGCAAGGGAGGAUCAGACACCUCUUCACAUUGCAUCUCGUCUGGGUAAGACCGAGAUUGUCCAGCUUCUGCUUCAACACAUGGCUCAUCCAGAUGCAGCAACUGCUAAUGGUUACACUCCGCUUCACAUUGCUGCACGGGAGGGACACCUGGAUGUUACUACGGUGCUGUUAGAAGCUGGUGCUGCUCACUCCUUAGCUACCAAGAAAGGAUUCACACCUUUACAUGUGGCUUCAAAAUAUGGAAGCCUGGAUGUGGCAAAGCUUCUUUUGCAGCGACGGGCACCUCCUGACUCGGCUGGGAAGAAUGGUCUCACUCCUCUACAUGUCGCUGCUCAUUAUGAUAACCAGAAGGUGGCACUCCUCCUUUUGGACAAAGGGGCAUCUCCUCAUGCCACCGCUAAGAAUGGAUACACUCCUCUUCAUAUAGCAGCAAAAAAGAAUCAAAUGGAAAUAGCCACCACACUCCUACAAUAUGGAGCUGAGACCAACAUCCAGACAAAACAGGGGGUGAUGCCGAUCCAUCUGGCAUCCCAGGAGGGACACAGUGAAAUGGCGGCUUUGCUUCUGCAGAGAGGAGCCCAAGUCAAUGUAACCACUAAGAGUGGACUUACAUCACUUCAUCUGGCUGCCCAAGAAGACAAAGUAGGUGUUGGCGAGAUCUUAGUUAAGCAAGGUGCCAACUUAGACCAACAAACCAAAUUGGGAUACACACCUCUUAUUGUGGCCUGUCACUAUGGAAAUGCUAAGAUGGUUAAUUUUCUGUUGAAGAGUGGGGCAAGUGUCAACGAUAAAACAAAGAAUGGUUAUACACCUCUGCACCAGGCUGCACAACAAGGCAACACACACAUCAUUAAUGUCUUACUCCAGUAUGGGGCCAAACCCAAUGCCAUCACUGUGAAUGGAAACACUGCUCUUGCCAUCGCACGUCGCCUUGGAUACAUUUCUGUGGUAGACACACUGAGAGUGGUCACAGAAGAAAUUGUCACAACCACAACGACGGUGACAGAGAAACACAAACUAAAUGUGCCAGAAACCAUGACAGAAGUCCUUGAUGUGUCUGAUGAAGAGGGUGAUGACACUAUGACAGGUGAUGGUGGUGAAUAUUUGAGAGCGGAGGAUUUGAGAGAAUUAGGAGAUGAUUCACUACCUGGCCAGUACCUAGAUGGCAUGAACUACCUCCGCUUCAGUUUAGAAGGAGGCAGAUCAGACAGUUUGGACAGAUCCUACACUCCCACCCACCAGAGUUACUACUCAAAACAUUAUGGAAUGAUGGAGGAUGUGAUUUAUAGUAACCAGGUGUCUUCUCUUGGAAGAGAAAAUGAAAAGGACUCAUGGGAAACAGAAAACUUGGACAACAUAGCACUUUCCACAAGUCCUGCUCAUUCUGGUUUCUUAGUCAGCUUCAUGGUGGAUGCUCGAGGAGGUGCCAUGCGAGGAUGCCGUCACAACGGACUGCGGCUGAUCAUUCCACCACGGAAGUGCAGCGCCCCUACUAGAGUCACCUGUAGACUGGUCAAAAGGCACCGACUGGCAACCAUGCCUCCAAUGGUAGAAGGUGACGGUCUAGCCAGCAGGCUGAUUGAGGUUGGACCUUCUGGAGCUCAGUUCCUUGGGCCGGUGAUUGUGGAGAUCCCGCACUUUGCAGCACUGAGAGGAAAAGAGAGGGAGCUGGUGAUCUUACGCAGUGAAACCGGAGAGAGCUGGAAAGAGCAUCACUGCGAGUACACAGAAGAAGAGCUCAACCAGGUCCUCAACGGAAUGGAUGAGAGACUGGACCCACCAGAAGAGCUGGAGAAAAAGCGCAUCUGCCGAAUUAUCACUCGAGACUUUCCACAGUACUUUGCUGUGGUGUCACGAAUUAAGCAGGACAGUAAUCUCAUUGGUCCAGAAGGUGGGAUUCUGAGCAGCACAGUGGUUCCUGAAGUACAGGCCGUAUUCCCAGAGGGAGCUCUCACGAAACGCAUCCGUGUUGGCCUGCAGACCCAGCCUAUGAGUGUUGAUGUAGUGAGGAAUAUGCUGGGUAAUAAAGCCACAUUCAGCCCUAUAGUCACCCUGGAACCACGGAGAAGGAAAUUCCAUAAACCCAUAACCAUGACCAUCCCUGUCCCAAAGAGUUCUGCUGACCCAGCCCUUGGUGGCUUUGGAGGUGGAGAGACUCCUACAUUACGUUUGCUAUGCAGCAUCACAGGUGGGACCACUCCUGCGCAAUGGGAGGACAUCACUGGGACGACACCUUUAACAUUCACCAAUGACUGUGUGUCUUUCACCACAAAUGUGUCUGCCAGAUUCUGGCUGAUAGACUGCAGGCAGGUUCAGGAAUCUGUGAACUUCGCCACCCUGAUGUAUCGUGAGAUCAUCUGUGUACCUUACAUGGCCAAAUUUGUCAUUUUUGCCAAAACUCAUGACCCAAUAGAGGCUCGGUUGCGCUGCUUCUGUAUGACUGAUGACAAAAUGGAUAAAACUUUGGAGCAGCAAGAGAACUUCUCAGAAGUGGCACGUAGCCGAGAUGUGGAGGUAUUAGAAGGAAAACCCAUAUAUGUAGACUGUUUUGGAAACCUGGUUCCGCUAACAAAAAGUGGACAGCAUCAUGUCUUCAGCUUCUAUGCCUUUAAAGAAAACCGACUGGCGCUUUUCAUCAAAAUACGAGACAACACUCAAGAGUCUUGUGGACGCUUGUCUUUCACAAAAGAGCCGAGAUCUUUUAGGACUUUGAGCCAUGGUGCAGUAUGCAAUCUAAACAUUUCCCUGCCAGCUUACUCUAAGACAAGCCGAACACUUGGGAAAUUAGAUCCACAGGAUGAGGCAGACAGAAAAGAAGGGCGUCUGGCUGUGAUAGCAAAUCACCUUGGUUUCAGCUGGUCAGAAUUGGCUCGAGAACUUGAAUUCAGUGAUGUACAGAUCAAUCAGAUAAGAAAUGAGAAUCCAAAUUCUCUACAAGACCAAAGCCAUGCCCUCAUAAGACUAUGGAAAGAAAGGGAGGGAAAAAAUGCUUCAGAGAACAGUUUAAUGAAGACACUCACAAAAAUAAAUCGUAUGGACAUUGUGCAUCUCAUCGAAACAAAAAUAAUCCAGUCCAGUCAAGACCACUCAUCACACACCUAUGCAGAAAUUGAGCAAACCAUAUCAUUGGAUCAUAGUGAAGGUUUUUCAGCCUUACAGGAAGACAUGGACAGCCCCAGAUCAGGUCGGCGAGCAGAAGUUAGUCAAAGAAGAUCAGAACUUGAGCCUGUGGUGGCAUCUAUAGAGGAUCUCUCCCUCAAUGCAUCUUCCCUUGGUGAUUCUCAGAAAGAGCUGCCAGACGGGUGUGAAGUGACGGGUUCAGAGGUGGUUGGAGACUCAACAUACAGUUUUGAAAUGGUUGGACUGAGGCAACAAUUUCCAGGCACUAUCAAACAAGGUGACGACAUGCCUGAAAUUCCUCCUCAGACAGUGACAGAAGAGCAAUACACAGAUGAAUAUGGAAACAUGGUGGUCAAAAAGAUAACAAGGAAAGUCAUCCGCAAGUAUGUGUCGGCAGAUGGAGUAGAGCGAGAGGAAGUGAUGUUGGAGGGGCCACAGCAGGAAGCUGUCAGUGUGGACGAGGCUGACAGUUUCUCGAAAGUGGUGAAGAGGACAGUGGUGCGGAGCGGAGGAGAUCAGACCGAGGUGACUUUCUCUGAACCUCUUUCUUAUGCUGGGGCGACAACAUCUAAAUUUGAAGAAGAGCCUGUUCAAGGUCGGAAGGUCAGCAAGGUCGUCAAAACCAUGGUAGUGCAAGGUGAUCGAAUGGAAAAACUCAUCGGAGACCCUUCCCUCUCAUCUGAUCUCCCAUCAGCCAAAGAUGACUUUGAAAAGGCUUUGAGUUAUGUAGACGGCUUUGAGAAAGUGCUUCUGCCUCAUUUAGUUGAGAAAGAGACUGUGAAAGAAGAUGGAUCAGUGGUCAGAAGGACCCGCAUGCAUAAGACGCGCACACAGAAACGGACAGUGGUGAAGGAUGGAGAAGCCAAACAAACCCACCUGGAACGACUGGAGGACACGGCGGAAAGCCUGCGACCCGAUGACCUGCAGCAGCACCUGCAUCAGCUGCUCCAGCGCUACUGUACGCCAGAGCCUCAUCCACCCGCAGAACAGCAGGACAAACCAUAACCACAACCUCCACCUGCUGGAAGACCAGACGCUUGAAACAAAACUCUGCAAACCUGUCUGUAGCCUUUUUAAAACACAAGAAUUUAUCCUUCGCUCGGCAACCAGAUGCCAUUUUAUCUUCCUCAUCAUCAUUGUUUAUUAUUUAUUGCUCAUUCUUUGCAAAUAAUGGAAACAUUUAAAAUGCUUCAUGGCUGAAUGUCUUCAUUUGUUUUUCUCAUUUUGUGACCAAAGAUAGUGUUCUUCUGAAUUGCUGAGUGAAUCGUAUGAAACGUUGAUGUUUUCUUUUCUUUUCUUUUUUUUUGAGUGCGUGCGUGUCAUAUUGGUUGCCGUGUCGUAUUGUAGAAGCAGAAUUAAACAUGAUAAUGAAACAUGGGUCAGUUUGGAUGCUAAUUUUGUACAUAAUGGACUUUGAGAGAGAAUGUUAAAAACACUGUCAUAUACUCCUUCGUCUCCUGUAACCGCUGUACAACUGCAUCAAUGAACCGCUGUAAUUAAAAAGUAAACAUGUCAGAUUACUUGCUUAAAAUCUCACUACUGACCUGAUCAAAUAUCAACAAAAUAUCUUUGGGGCAUGUGAGUUUGUAACCGCAGUUAAUCAAGUGCAAGCGAUCAGAUAUCUAAAAUAACUCGCUAUGUAUUUAUACUGGCAAUUGAAAAUAAUGAAUAAAUAUCAUGCUGUAGUCCUUCCUAUUCUCAGAAUGCUUCUGAAUGGUUUUUACUCUGAUUAAGUGAGACUUCAUCAGUUUUUAAGUGGACGAAAUUGCUUGGUUUUUCAUACGUUCGCUAAGAAUGCUGUCAUUAUCUACAUUGUCUGUCAUUAACCUGUUAGUUUUGCUGUAACUGUACUACAAAAUUGAUGGGAGACGUUAUCUGCCUGAUCUACUGUACAGAGUAUGUAUGUGUGUGCGCGCGUGUUCAGAUCAUCUCUGUGACAAUGCAACGACAUCUGUGUUUAUUGGAAACUCAUUUAAAUGAAUGUUUUUUUUUUGUUUGUUUGUUUUGAAUGAAUGUUUUUAAGUCAAUCCCAUUUUCUGUAUUUUUAUUUUAAGUAUGGCUGAAUCGAAUUCACAAAUAAUUGAAUCCCCCCUCAACGCUGUGCUCGUGGGCUUGACUUGUAUCAUUUCCCUUUUUGUGAUGCUCCUCUAGGCGCUAACAGUAGAACAGAGGGCCAGUCAAUAAAACAAAUGGCAGUUUUCUUUUUCUUUGUUUGUUUUCCUCUGCUGUUGCAAUGAUGUAAAAUAAAAUACGAAAUGUUAAUCUCUA